UUAAUCCCAGCACUUGGGAGGCACAGGCAGGCAGAUCUCUGUAAGUUCAAGGCCAGCCUGGGCUACAGAGUGAGUUCCAGGAAAGGCACCAAAGCUACACAGUGAAACCCUGUCUCAAAAAAACCAAAUUAAAAAAAAAAAAGAAGUCUUGGUGAUAUUUUAGCUUUUGUAUAUAUAUUAGCCGAUUCCUGCAUGCUAUGUAUGCUUCCAAGAACUCAUAACAGUAUAUUUUAUCUGAAAUACCUAUCAAGCAUCCAAGGCCAAACGAUCUCCUGAUUAAGAUAAAUUAAGCUCAGACCCUCCUUUCUUAUACAACCUUAGUGGGAUUUAUACUAACAUUAUAGACUCCUAACAUUUACCUAACCACCUCUAGGAAUGUAGUUUGAGCACAUAAAUUCCCUUUUUCUGAUAUAUUAACCAAUUUUAACUCUUAAUUGACCUCCUCCUUUACCACUCCCCUUUUGGGUUGUAAAGGAAAGCCUGAUGGUCACUGCCUAAGGAAAACUCUUGACUGCCUUUAUGACCCUGUAAGAAUUCAAGCCUGGUGACCUUAGCUAGAGCACUGCUACUGCAUGGGUAUAUAACUGUAAACUUCAGAAACUUAAGACAGGAUUUUGACUGGAGAGCUGGAAGAAUGAGAUAGAAGAUGAGAAGAGCCAGAUGGGGAAGAAUGUGAUGAGAAAGACCAAGAUGGGGCAGAAUUAAGAUAGAACUUAGAGGAGACAGCAGAUAAUUACAGAGAGAAAUCAGACAAGAAAGGAGGUAGGCAUGAGAACAGAACUGAAGCUCUGUAGAUAGGAUUUUAUUCCAGAGGAAUAAAGUAUACAGACUUAGAGCUCUUAGAUUCUUAGAUACUUAGAUUCUUUUCCUGAAAAUAACUCACACCAUUCGUAGCUUCUCUUCUGGGCACUGGGAAGAAGAUUAUUAAGUUCCUCUCACUCACUAAGAAUGCUUUGAAAUGCUGGCUUCCUUCCUAAUUGAAAGAAAUACUCGGCCUUUCUUUCUCCUUACCUACCACGGAAAUCCAUCUUUCCUUUCAAGCACUCCCGAUAAGCUUUCUGCCAAGGUUCCCAUUGCCUGACUGCUCCCUAGACAUUGAGAUUUCACUCAAUUCCAGAUCUUUGCUAUCAGUAAGUCCAGAAACUUACACACUAUAAAGCACCCUCAGAUCGGGCCUCUAAUUUGAAAACUCAACUUGAGAGGAUGCCCCUGGAAAAGACGAGUUUCACUCAAGCUGACCUGUCAGUGCGAUCUAAACAUGUGUAUACAGGGCACCUUUCCUAUGAUAGGCAUAAUGAUGCCCUUUUUUCUUCUGAAGACUAUCUUAACCCACAGAUAAGCAUUAUGAACAUUAUCUCACAUGGCAAACAGAAAUUUACAAAUGGAACUGUGUUAAGUAUCUUGAGACAGAGAGAAUAUCCUGAAUUAUUUGUGGGAGUCUAAUGUCAUUAAAAUGACUAUUCUUUAUUGUCAACUUGAUUACAUCUUGAAUUACUAAAACCCAAGUGGUUGGAUGCACCUGUGAGGGUUUUUUUUCUUAAUUAAAUCAUUUGAAGUGAAAAGACCCACUUUUAAUUGGGAUCUUUUGAAGUCAGACGAUCUACCUUUAAUCUGGGCCAAACCUUCUGCUGGCAGCCUAUAUAAAGGACAUAGAAGAAGGAAGCUCUCGCUCUUUGCUUUCUCUCUCUCUCUCUCUGUCUCUCUUCUCUCUGUCUCUCCCUGUCUCUCUUUCUCUGUCUCUCUGUCUCUGUCUCUGUCUCUGUCUCUGUCUCUCUCUCUCUCUCGUCCAUUGCUUCACUGACAUUAGAGCCUACUUCUUUGGAAUUCUGAUGUAUACUGAAGACCAGCUGAGACAUCCAGCCUUGUGGAUUGAACCUUCCAUUGGUAGACAGAUUCUUGGACCUUCCAUUGGUAGACAGCCAUUGUUGGACUAACUGGUCCACAGCCUGUAAGUCAUUCUAAUAAAUCCUCCUUAGAUGGAUGGAUGGAUAGCUGAUAUAUAGAUGAUAGAUAGAUAGAUAGAUAGAUAGAUAGAUAGAUAGAUAGAUAGAUGGUAGAUGAUAGAUAGAUGAUAGACACGUACAUUCAUUCAUUCAAUCAAUCAGUUCUGUUCCUCUAGAGAACUCUGACUAAUUCAGUCAUCAAAAGUCCUAGUUGGAGCUGCCAAGACGGCUCAACUCACACACAAAAAAAAUUUCUGAUCAAGUAAUUUCUGUGGACUUUUCUCCUUGAGUUUGAAUCCAAUCCAAAUCAUUCCUGUGUAGGGGAGAAGAUUCCUUCCCUCCUCCCCUUACAUUUUUUGGGGAAAGGACAAAACAAAGCCCAAGAUGCCAAGCCUCUCCAAAGCCCCAUUGUAUUACUAUUUGAACUAUUACUGAAUCUAGUGAUGAAGGGAAGAAGUAAUACUUACACACUGACUUCUAAUUCUAGAAUACAAGCAUUUUCACCUAUUUAAGUUUAGUCAGGCAUCUCAAAAGUUAUCCUCAAAUAGGUCAAGAGGUCCUGUGCAUGUCCCAACAAAUUAACCUCACAUUUAAUUUUUCCGAUUCUACUGUUAAAGAAUCUUUUACUCCAAUAUUAUUUAAGUUAUUGCAGUUUUUGUGCAUACAUAUGUGAAUGUUAAUUUAUGAAUCUUUGGUUCUUCCUAUACCUAGUUUACUGUCACUAAUUUUGAAAAUUUUCCACUGGGCUGGGCACGGUGGUGCACAACUUUAACUCCAGCAGAGGAAUUAAAUUGGAACUACAAAGUUCAAGGACAGUCUGGGAUACAUGAGACCCAGAAUGAAAGGGAGGGAAGAAGGGAGGAAAGAAGGAAAGAAAAUCCAAGGAAAUACCAUCAGAAUAAAAGUAGCAUGAUCUCUGAGUCAAUACUAAUAAAUAAAAAUUAAUCGCAGUAAAAAUUAAGAACAAUAUGUAGUCUACUUUGACCAUAAGAAUAAGCAACAUAACCACAGAUACACUCAGUGUUGUUGAGACCCUAUUUAGAAACCUCAAAGGAGUGCACAAACCCUGGGUGGAAAAGGAUAGGUAAGUCGGCAGGCUCUAGGCAUGAAGAGAACAUCACAGUGUCUGGACCCCAAGCAAGCCAAGACUACAUCAGUCAGAACAGAAUACAAAGAGACCCUAGGGAUAGAAUACUAGCUAGCAUAAGGAAUACAAUAGAGUUCUGUGUCGUUCUGGACUGUCAAGGAAGCUAAAAACAUACCAGAUUACGGUCAGGGCGGACUUCAGGUUCUCCUCUCCUGGAUAUGAUCCAGUCUGCCACAAGGAGCAAACCUAAUCACAGGUCACUGACAUUACCAGGACCCACAUCCUCCCUAUGUGUAGGGUACAAUUAACAGUGCAUCUCUUCAGACCCUGUGUGGACAUUUACAUUUAGUCUCCCUGGGAUUGGGGGAAAUUUUUGUUCUCCUCCUCAUACUCCUAUGAUCCUAUAUGUCCCGUCCUCUGCUGGGGAAAAUUGGAGUGGACAUUUAGUGUAGCCCACCAUAUAUUUCAAGUCCAUCAAGUCUCCACACAUCCCGGGAACCUUAAAGUUGCGAAACCAUACAGCCCUGCCCAGUCUACAAAUCUGGGCGCAAAUGCUUGUCUUGUCAUAGAAAUUUCGGUAGAUUUUUAAUUCCAGAGCCUGCUGACUUUCUGUUUCUAGAGUUUAAUCCCUUCUUCCUCUCUGUUUAAGGGAGUGAACCUUCAGCAAGAUUGCAUCCUUUUCUCCUCCCCCUCACGAAACUCUGCAGAGCUUGUCUUCUCCUACCUCCCGCCUACAACUACACACACACCACACCACACACACAGUGUAUACAGCACGUUCGGUCCGUCCACUACUUCCGGCGCUUCCUACUCUGCCACACGUCAAGCGUCCCUCAGCCGCCCUAACACCAGCACUUCCUGCCCACCCUUUGCCCGUCCUUGCCAGUCCCCAACUUCCCGUUAGUCCACGCGCGUUCACUCCCGUUAGUUAGUUCGACUCUCUCCUAGGCUCGGGUUCCGUCCACAGAGGUACUGGGGCUCAGCGGCUUUGUAUCCUCCUUCAGAGGCUUCCUCCUGGUUCUCUGGCCGCCAACAACACACGUCUACGGACAUCAGCUUCGCGGCCAACGCGACGGACGCCGCCAACCGGACGGACACCGCCCACUGCAGCGCCUCGACGCCCGCGGGGUCGUCUGGGAGUUGUAGUCCGGACCUGUGAGCUGACGCAGUUCGGGGCAGACCGACGGGCUAGCUAGCGCCAUUGUGUCUUCUCGGGCACGCGUAGUGCUGCGUGAAAGCCCGUCGGGGACAGCGCCCAUCUUCUGUUUUAUUACUUUACACCCUCUGGAGCCCAGAGCUGGCUUUGCUUGCGGUUCCACUUCUACGGACCCGGAAGGAGCUGUGUAGCCGUGGGUCCGGAUCCUGAGAGAGAGACAUCGCGCUCUGGAUGUAGGACACGGUUAAGAACACCAAACGCGUUCUGGAUUGGAGGACAUCAGACGAUCUGUCCCCGCGCGGUUAGAGGGGAACCUGUCUUGUAGGCGCGUGGGAGUCGGGGAGAGGACUCGCUGGGCACUUUCAAGUGUGGGGGUGGACUGGUCAUGUCCCGCCGAGAGACCGGUUAAGGGCAGAGGUGGAAAGAACACAUUCCUUAGCCUCCCCCAACUCUCCUUCCACCUUUAGUUUCUUCAGCACGCUGCCUACUCCAGCGAGAGAACUUUGAGGACAGUAUGGCCUCCACGCUUCCCACAGUGUGGCCUCAUGAACCUGUGAAGUUUGAAGAUGUAUCACUGACAUUUACCAAAGAAGAGUGGGCACAGCUGGAAUUCCAACAGAAGUGCCUAUACAAGGAAAUCAUGCUGGAGAACUACAAUAACAUGGUUUCAGUGGAACAUCACUUUUCCAAGCCAAAUGUGAUAUCUCAGUUAGAAGAAGUAGAAGACUUCUGGCCAGUGGAGAGAGAAAUUCCUCAAGAUAUCUUUCCAGAAUCUUCUGGGCCUUCUUUGGACCCUGGAAUAAAUUCCUUUCCUGAUGAGAGUCCCUUGAUGAAGCCUUCUCUGGACCCUGGAAUAAAUUCCUUUCCUGAUGAGAAUCCCUUGAUGAAGAUCAACGUUGUUGAGGUCCUUACACUGAACAAGGAUGUGGCCGGUCCCCGGAACGCCCUGAUUCAAUCCCUCUAUUUGGAAAGUGGAGAAGACCUGAGCCUGGGCAACAUUGAGGCAUCUCAACAACCAAGCAAGCAUUUGACUGACACUGAAGUCGCUCACCAAAAGUUCCGACAUUUCCAGUAUGAAGAGUCAGAUGAUCCCCAGAAGGCUGUGUCUCAGCUUCGUGAGCUGUGUCACCAGUGGCUGCAGCCCAGUACACAUUCAAAGAAACAUAUCCUGGAGCUACUGGUGCUUGAGCAGUUCCUCAACGCACUGCCUGAGAAGUUGCGGGUGUGGGUGGAAUCACAGAGCCCCAAGGAUUGCCAAGCAGCAGUGACCCUGGUGGAGAACGUGACCUCGGUGUCUAAGGAAGAUGCUCUGCUUGCCUGCCAUAAUGAGGCCACUGAUCGACUGAAAGAGAAAAAGAAGGACAUGGCCACCUUACCAGUUACUAUACCACCUGAGGAGCCAGUAACCUUCCAGGAUGUGGCUGUGGACUUCAAUCAGGAGGAAUGGCAGCUACUAGGUCCAGUGCAGAGGACUGAGUAUCAUGAUGUGAUGCUGGAGACCUUGGGCAACUUGGUCUCAGUAGGGUGGGAGCCUACAUUGGGAAACAAAGAGUUAAGUCCAAAAUCACCCAGUUCUGUGGUAGAACCAAUUCGUGACCCAAAACCAAAAAAUUUCUCAAGUAAUGGUACCCAGUCCACUGUUACUGAAAAUAUCUCACAAAAUGAGGUGCAAGAAAUCCAUACCAUAGAAUCAAAUCAAGUGGAGGUUGUAGAGGAAAAAGACCUCCCUCAGGAGGAGAUCUCUGAAAGCCCCCAGUCUCAGGGGCAAAUUAGGCUUCACACAAGCCAGGACUCACUCGAUGAAGUUCUUCCUAGAAAGCACUUGCAUGUAAAAAGUAACCAGAAGGGCUUUGGAAAGAGGAAAGCCAAGAAAAAACACAUUUCCAUGACACGAGAUUCACCCAUAAGAAAUCAGCAAAAGGGCUCUGUGGUGUGCCAAGUCAGAGAUGGCCGCAAUUCCAUGACACAUAGUCCUUCUGAAAAAAACCCUCAGCAGAGUUAUGAGCAGGGUAAAGUUGGGGACAGCAGAGAUCCCAUUAUACUUAUAGCACCUGCAAAAAUUUACCAGCAAGCCACUGGCUCUGAAACGGGGGGCAGAGUCAGGGACAGUAGCAAUGCCGUGGAACCUGAUGCAUCUAUAAAAAUUCACCAGAAACGUGCUGAAUGGGGUAAAAUUGGGAAAAGCAGCAAUUCCAUGACACAGGGUUCAUCUGUACAAAAUCACAAGAUGGUGUCUGGGUUAGGAAGAGCCAGGGACAGGAACAGUUCCUUGGCACGUGCUUCCCCUGUAAAAAUUCUCCAGAAAGACUGUGAAAGGAGUAAAGUCCGAGGAAACAGGAAUUCCUUGAAACAUGUAAGAAUUAACCAGAAGGAUUCUAAUGGUGGAAGAGUCGGGGAAAUGAGUACUUCCAUAAAACACAGUCCCCAUAUAAAAAUUCACCUGAAGACCUCUGAAAGAGGGCAAGGCAGGGAAACUAGCACUUCCAUAAAAUAUGGUCCCCAUGUGAGAACGUACCAGAAGGGUCCUGAAGAGGGGACUACUAGGAGAGCCAACAAUUGUAACAAAGCCAUCAGCCAUCAUGCUCAGCAGAUAUUUUUUAUAAAAAUUCAUAAGGGGAGCCAAGUUUGCCGGUGCAGUGAAUGUGGCAAACUAUUUCAGAAUGCUAGGUAUUUUUCUGUCCAUAAAAAGAUCCACACAGGAGAACGGCCUUACAAGUGUAUGGCCUGUGGGAAAGCAUUUGUUCAGAGCUCCUCCCUCACACAGCACUAUAGAAUUCAUAGUGGAGAGAGACCAUUUGAGUGUUCCGAGUGUGGGAGGACCUUCAAUGACCGCUCAGCCAUCUCUCAACACUUGAGAACUCAUACUGGGGCUAAGCCCUACCAUUGUCAACAAUGUGGGAAAGCCUUCCGCCAGAGUUCCCACCUUACCAGGCAUCAGAGAACUCACACUGGGGAGCGCCCAUAUGUGUGCACCAAGUGUGGGAGGGCUUUCACUCAGAGCUCACACCUUAUUGGGCAUCAGAAAACACACGGGAUUAAGUUCAAGAAGAGGCAAUCCAAACUGCAGUCCUAGUGCCUUUCAAACCACUGCCUUUUCAGCCUUGAGAUGCACUCUGCAGACUUUGAGUAAGGAGAGUCCCACACCUGAAGAACAGCUCAGGACACCACCCAGCAGGCCUGAGGGUGCCUGAAACUAUCAGGGAGUUCUUGAUUGCUUCAUUUAGCCAUUAAAGAAAAUAUGAAAUCUGAAAAUGCUCCUAAAUCUAAAAAGCCAGUUACCAAAAACUGCAGUGAUAAUUAUGCACAGGGUAAAGUGUGAGUGACAAAAACCAAAAGAAUGUAUAUAAAUAAAUAUAAUUGUUUUGAAAUUUG